AUGCCAACAUACAGCACUACUGCCAGGCAGCUCACAUAUAGCGCCGUCAGCCUCAGCGAGGCCAUCACAGCCGGUGACUGGGAGAAGCACUAUCUCGGCCAGGAGAAGGUUGCCGAGUUCUUCGAGCGCGGUUACAUCAGCAACAUACGGGUUCUGACGGAGGAACAGUGCGACAGGAUCCUGAAGGAUUAUGAACAUUUCAUUGACCCGUCCAAGCGGCACCCCGGCCACGCCAUGCUGUACGAGCACCACAGUAACCAGAGCGGGGACAGCAGCAACGUGCUGAUGCACGGGCUGGGGCAGUGGCGCCUCACACGGCUGUUCCACGACGUCGUCUUCCUCCCCGCAAUCAGCGUCCCCUCCUCGCAGCUGCUGGACCAGGACAAACUCCGGCCUGUCCGCCUGUGGCACGAUCAGAUGUUCGCUAAGCCGGCCAGACAUGGGGGCGUGGUGGCGUGGCACCAAGACUACUCCUACUGGACUAGGACUAAACCCAUGAUGCACUUAACGGUCCAUAUCACAACGUGA